GAUGGCCCUUAAGGCCCUCACACAUGAAUUGACAUAACCAUAACGUAAGGUUUUGACGCGUCGGAUUGGGCGACCAUAACCGUAACCUGCCAUAACCGGCUAAUUCAAGUACAUGAUUGGUCGAAACCUUACUGUUACGGUUAUGUCAAUUCAUGUGUGAGGGCCUUUAUUCCAUUUGGCAAACCUGACCACAUACGGAACAUUUUUCGUGACCACUUUCAAUCUAUGUAGAUAAGUCUCCUUAUUCUUACUUCAUGGUCUGUGGUAUUAAUAGCAGCCCCGUGCCGCCCGUGCCUGCCGUAACCGGCAUUAUUAUUGUUAUCGCCUAUCGGAGUAUCGGCUGAAGGUCUCGAAGGCUGAUCUUGGUUGAUCUGAGAGAUAUAACGGUUUUACAGAAAUCCAUCGAGUGAUAAGAAGAAGAAGAAGAAGAAGAAGAAGAAGAAGAAGAAGAUAUAACGGUUUUCUCACGCUUCGCGUCAUUAGAAAAACAGUAUCUAUAUUCAGCAUGGCAAUCGUUACUAAUGUGCAAGAAGUUCGUGAGAUUACCAAGAUAGAGCGUAUUGGUGCCCAUUCCCAUAUUAGAGGUUUAGGAUUAAAUGAUAGUUUAGAACCACGCAAUGUUUCCCAAGGCAUGGUUGGUCAGCUCACGGCACGCCGUGCUGCUGGUGUUAUUCUGGAAAUGAUUAAGGAGAGUAAGAUAGCAGGUCGUGCGAUUCUAUUGGCUGGACAACCUGGCACGGGUAAAACUGCCAUUGCUAUGGGAAUGGCACAAGCUUUGGGUGCAGAUACUCCUUUCACGUCAAUGGCUGGUUCUGAAAUUUACUCUUUAGAAAUGAGUAAAACAGAAGCUUUAACUCAAGCUAUUAGAAAGUCUAUUGGAGUUAGAAUCAAAGAGGAGACAGAAAUUAUAGAGGGGGAAGUAGUGGAAAUUCAAGUUGACAGACCAGCCACUGGAAUUGGAGUAAAAGUUGGCAAAUUAACAUUAAAAACUACUGAGAUGGAGACAAUUUAUGAUUUAGGAAAUAAAAUGAUUGAUUGCUUGAUGAAAGAGAAAGUACAAGCUGGUGAUGUUAUAACGAUAGACAAAGCCACAGGGAAGAUUAAUAGACUUGGACGAUCCUUCACCAGAGCUCGGGAUUACGAUGCAACGGGUUCGCAAACGCGUUUUGUGCAAUGUCCAGAAGGUGAAUUGCAGAAACGCAAGGAAGUCGUGCACACCGUGACUUUGCAUGAAGUUGACGUGAUAAAUAGUAGAACGCAUGGCUUUUUAGCACUAUUUUCUGGAGAUACUGGAGAGAUAAAAUCGGAAGUGCGAGAUCAAAUAAACGCCAAGGUCGCAGAAUGGCGGGAAGAGGGCAAAGCAGAAAUAGUUCCAGGUGUACUUUUUAUCGAUGAAGUACAUAUGUUGGAUAUUGAAUGUUUCUCAUUUCUAAAUCGAGCACUGGAGAAUGAAAUGGCUCCAGUUGUAAUUAUGGCAACGAAUAGAGGUAUUACGAGAAUUAGAGGGACAAAUUACAAGAGUCCUCAUGGCAUUCCAAUUGAUUUAUUGGAUCGUAUGAUUAUUGUCCCGACGAGCCCGUACCAAGAAAAGGAGUUAAAGGAAAUCUUGAAAAUAAGAUGCGAAGAAGAAGAUUGUGAAAUGGCUGAUGAUGCUCUAACCGUGUUAACGAGGAUUGCUUUAGAAACAUCGCUGAGAUAUGCGAUACAGUUAAUUACGACGGCGUCUCUUGUCAGCCGUCGAAGAAAAACUACAGAAGUCAGUAUUGAAGAUGUGAAACGUGUCUAUUCUUUAUUUCUCGAUGAAAAUAGAUCUACACAAUUUCUUAAAGAAUAUCAAGAUGAUUUCAUGUUCAAUGAAUUCCCUACUUCAGCUGAGGAUAACAUGGAUGUUUCUUCAUAAUACAUUACAGAAAAGCAAACUUUUCUAUUAAGUUAUGAAACUAAGUUACUUAAAAUUUAAUUACAAUAAUUUUUUUAAUGUAGUGAUAUAGUUAAAAUAUAUUAUUUUCUCACUAUUAUAAUACUUAUCACAAAUUUAUUUUUAAUUAAUUAU